AAUUUUCACGCCAUUUAUUCGAGAUUAUACGUAGUUUUUCAUUACGAGAACAGUAUUUAAAUUCAGUAGCUGCAAUAAUAUUACAGAGAGAGGCGUAGUUUAAUACAUUUAAAACACAUUUUGAAAUUGUGUUAGUAUAGUUGCAAUAUGCUUAAGCAAUCUAAUGUCUGGAUUAUUGUAUAUUUGUGAUUACGGAAAUAAUUCCGAUUCUGACGAGUAUGAAGUCGAGAACAAGUUACCAGAGUUAAAGAGAUCCAAAAAACUACCUGUGCCAAAUCUUAGCCAUAUUCCAGCAGUUUCAGUUGAACAGCAUAUUGAUAAUCCUGAUCUUCAUAAUGGCCGUGUGAGGAGUUUUCCACAUGUAAGAGGGAAUUGGGCAACCUUUGUUUAUGUUAAAUAUGAUGAUGAAGAAUCAUUAGUGAAGUUUGCAACCAAGUUACAGAAUUUGUUAUUGGGUGUGAAAGACUUGUUUAAUCUCUGUGAUGAUUUCCACUUAAGCCUAUCCAAAACAGUUGUAUUGAAUUAUCACACCAUUGUGCCUUUUACUCAGAGUUUGAAAGAAGUUUUUUGUGAUAGUGAGAGGUUUUAUUUAGGUUUUGACAACAUUGAUGUUUUAUGUAAUGAAGAGAAAACUCGGACAUUCAUAGUUCUAAAAGCUGACUAUUUUAGUGUAAAGAGUUUAACUUCUCUUGUGAAGAAAGUAGAUAAUGUACUUGGGGAGUUUAAAUUAGAAAAGUUUUAUAAAGAACCAUCAUUUCACAUAAGCCUACUCUGGGCCAAAGGCGACCAUAAAGGAAAACUUGAGUCUUUGUUAGAGAAUGUAAAUAAAGUUAUCAGUACUGAAGUUGUGAGAAAGCUGGAAUCUGUGCUCAUAGACAAAGUUUAUUGUAAAAGUGGUAACAAGUUUUAUAAAUAUUCCUUAGAAUAAUACUGUAGCAAAAUGG